CUUUGUAUACAAGUGAAGAUUUAUGUAAAACGGUGGGCAUUUCUCCUUUGGUAAUUGUCAACAAUCGGAAGAAAGAGAAAAUAGCUUGUUUACCAGAUGGGCUCGUCAAAGAAACACAAGGAAAAGGACCGGGAACGUCGCCAUAAACACCGCCAUCGCAGUGACAGGUCUCGAUCUCGGAGCGGCAGCCGGGAUCGUUCACACAAACGCGAAAAGAAACGACGGAGGGAAGUGGUGGAUGACGACGAAUAUCUGUACGGGAGAGAGGAGCUAGAGAACACAUAUGUACCUCCUUCAUCAAGCUCCAGAACCAAAGCAGAACCGACGGCUGAGGGUAGAAGUAGCAGCGCUAUAGGACCAGCCAGUGGGGAUGGGUCUAGUCUUAGUAUUGAAGAAACAAAUAAAAUCCGUGCCAAGCUUGGACUGAAGCCUCUAGAGAUCCCCUCUGGUGAUACAGGCAAUGGAGCGACUAAAGCUGAAGAUGAAGAUGUCCAUGUUCCUGCAAUUAAUCUCAGUGAGCUGCGCCAGACGCAGAAACUGCGAGAGAAAAUGGAUCUUCAGAAAGAGAAAAGGAGGAUAAGCUCUAAACUAAGUCGUGUGAAGACAUUAGGAGAGAGCGAUUCCGAUGAUGAUGCUAAAAACUGGGUCAAAAAGAGCAGAAAACUGGAGAAAGAGAAGGCGAUGGCAGAAAAACGGGCCAAGAUGUUGGAAGAAAUGGAUGAAGAGUUUGGCAUCAGUAAUUUGGUGGAAGAAGCAUUUAAACCAAAGCAGAAAAGUUACAGCUCUAAAGACCUGCAGGGACUGAAAGUACAACAUGGCCUGGACACAUUUAAGGAGGGUCAGACUGUCAUUCUGACAUUGCAGGAUCAAGGUGUGCUGGAGGAUGGGGAAGAAACACUGUACAAUGUUAACCUGAAGGACGACGAAUUUGCCAAGAAAAAUGUGGAGAACAAGAAGAAAAGUAUAGACUACAAGCCUUACGAUGAGCCCCAGUAUGAUGAGUAUGGCAUGUUGAAAGUGGAGAAUGUGUUAUCAAAAUAUGAUGAGGAGAUCGAGGGGAAGAAGGCUGAGUCUUUUACCCUAGGGUCUGGGGGUAAAUACAAUGCUGAGCAGGAAAGAGCAAUGGAGAGGAUACGUGCCCAGUUGAGGCAACAGGGGCAAUCUUUGGCCAUGGCCGCACCAACACUAGCCACAGAGUUUUACAGUCAGGAAGAAAUGGAUGCCAAGUUCAAGAAAGUGAAGAAAAAAGUGCGUAAGAUUAGGAAGAAGGAGAAGGGAGUGAAAGCAGAUGAUCUACUGGCCACGGAUAGUUCUAACCCUAUCAGCGACUUUGGCUCCAGGACUCGUGGGCGGGGCAUGAUAAAGGAGGAGGCUGUUGGGGAGAAUGACAACCCAGAAGUCUACGAUCACAGUGUUGGCUACUCAUCCACGGCCCCAGAGACAUUUGAUUACAAUCACGGCCUGCCUGUCAAACAGGAGCCCAUGGAUGUGGGUGGGGAAGAGGAAGAAGAAGGUGAUAUACUGGGCCCUGAUGAGGAUCUAACAGGAGUUGCCGUGGAGGAGGAUACUGCAGAGCAGGAACUUCAUGCAGCUCUCAACAAGGCUAGGAAAAUAAAACAGGCCAAGCGAGAGUUUGCCAUACCAGAGAAGGUGGCAAAAACGGUGAAAACGGAGGGACCUGCAGCCAUGGAUAUGGGCCAGAACGCCAGUAUGAUAGUAUUGAACUCCACGUCUGAAUUUUGCCGCUCCCUUGGGGACAUCCCUACCUAUGGGCUGUCAGGGAACAGAGAUGAGGAGAGGGAUGAACUGCUGGACCAUGAGCUGGAGAUGAUGGAAAGGAGAAAAAGGUUAGAAGAUGAGGAGGAAAACACUACAGGCUGGAGUGCUGUGGAUGUAGACACAAGGCCAGUAAAUAUUGAUGAAGAAGAGAAAGCUGUCCUGGAUGAUGAACCGGUUGUGAACCAGGGGCUCGGUGCUGCACUGUCACUAGCCAUGAAAAAAGGUUACUUGGAGCAGGAAUUUAAGAAGAAAGGGACAGCUCCGAAGCAUGAACACAUCCAGGCCCAGAAUUACUCCAUAGAGGACAAGAGAUAUGAGGACCUUGAUGAGAAGUAUCGUAAGAGAGAUCGCUUCAGCGGAGCUCUGGUGGACUUCAAAGAGAAGGACACGUACAAGCCAGAUGUCAAACUGGAGUAUGUGGAUGACAGUGGUCGCAACCUGACCCCCAAGGAAGCCUUCAGACAGCUGUCCCACCGAUUUCACGGCAAGGGCUCUGGCAAGAAGAAGACGGAGAAACGGAUGAAGAAGCUGGAGGAGGAGAAUUUGAUGAAGCAGAUGAGCUCCACAGAUACCCCCCUUGGGACCCUCAAUUUACUAAAGGAGAAACAGAGAGCUGAGAAAUCUGCAUAUGUCCUCCUAACAGGAAGCAAGGGAAUGGCAGCGAAUACCAUCGUCAAAACUAGUUAGUGAAGAGCGUGUACAUUGAGAUGUGUCACAAUGUGCUUGUCACUGACCAUGACCCCUCCCAGAUAAGACAGAGCAGAACUGAGGUACACCUACUGCUUGACAGUAUGCAAGUGAUACUUGGUUCCAGUUUAGUAUACAAGUGAAAAGUUUUGGUCAUUACAGUGUGAGUUGUUUCCACUGAGGUUACUCUCCAGAUGUUGGUAUCUUGAACAGCAGUUUGUGAGUGUCUUAUUCUCUAGUGUUACACAGCAUCCAGUGGUAAAUCUGGUCACGUAAUUGGUAAAAACAUAAAAUACAACAAGACGCAGUACUGCAGGUCAUUAACUUCUGGUAUUGACUUCUGGUUUCUUACUGGUAGACAAGAUGACUUGUGCUCACAGAUCGUCCUCAGCCCUGACAAUUAUCCAGUGUCAUCUUCAUCUUAAAGCGCUGUAUGUUAUCUUAUAAACUUUUCAGUUUGUAGCAGGACAAGCCCAGAACAUCAGGUAACAUGGGGCUGCAUACGGUUUGAUGGAGUGAAGUAAUAAAGGGACAUACCGCCAACGUCGAAAAAAAUGUGCUGUUAUUUUAGACAUCAUCUACAUAAAGCCGAGACUUCCAGAAGUCUACUAACACAUGUUCGACUUUAAGUGACAAUCGAAUGUUCGGUUUUAUCCGGGGUUUUCCUUCGGUCAUCAGCUCAUUCAAGUCACUGUAUUUUUAACACCUGAUUAUCUGAGUCAGUUACCUCCCCUUGUUGUCUAGACCACGGGUGAUAUUCAGUAAACUUGAAAUGUAAGACAUGGUAUUGUGUUGUAAUUAUGCAGUCUACCAUGUAACUGCAGUUCUGCCGUGCAGAUCAUUGGGAAUUACGAAUGCUUUAUAAAACUUUAUGGAUGGAAAGGAAGAUCGUAUUUGGUUUACUAGACUGAUAAUUUGCAUUCAAUCUAUCGUAUUGUUUACAUCUGCGAUCCACAAGUGAACGUUGCAUUGUGAGAAAACUUUGCUCUGCCUCAUUUACAUGUUAUCUCCUCAGGCAGACAGUUUAGAGUGGUGACGGAUUUCCCCUUGUAAUUCUCUUAAUUGACAUUUUUCGGAAAAUAUAAUCCCAGGAUGUUUAGUCAGGAGUCAAAUGCAACUCAUUUUUGUAUGUAGCUGAACCAACUCAAAAAAUCUGAAUUUCUUUUGGCAGUGUGUCCCUUUAAGGCAAGUACAUGUAGUUGGGCUGUUCUCCUUUAGUUCAGGAACAGAACAGAAAUUUGCUUGAUAUAUCACUGCAACAAGGAUUGUUGUGAUUCCUGGAGAAUGGAACAAGACAUUGAAGAGAGAGAUAUCUUUAAAAUGCUGGGGGAGUUUAAUAACUUUGGAUAAGGCUCUGACAUUGAUAACCAUGAACUGUGUUAAAUACCUACAUGUGUCUGGUUUAUGUAUACUGAUGUGUUCUUAUGUUGUGUCCAGUCUGAUCAACAUUUUUACAUAUGAUGUAAGAUGUACAUUUGAUUAAAAACAUUUUAUUUA